GGCAUGCGUGCGUAACUUUGAGUCAGUUUGUGCUUACAUAUAGUCUGAAAAAGUAAAUUUGCUUGUUUUGCUGCGGUUAAAGUGGUUUGCUGAAAGUGAUGGAUUGUGAGGAAUAUAAAGAAUAUCGUUCCAAACUUAUUGCACUAGUACGUAAAAAUAAAGUCUUAUGGGAUAAGACUAAAAAAGUCCGCCUCAGUUAUGCGGCGAAAAGCAAAAUUUGGAAUUCGAUAGGAAAAGAGUUAGGCCAACCAGGAGAGAUGGUACGUAAACAUUGGGCGUGUUUGCGUGAUCAAUAUCGUAGAGACGUGAAGAAACAAGUGGUAGACGGGGUUGAAUCUUCCUGGAUAUUUUUCGACGAAAUGACUUUCAUUCGGAAAUUUUUACAUAUUCGGUAUUUCGAUGGAAGCCUAGAUUCAGAAGAUUCUGAAAUUAUAAACAAAAGUGUUGGCCCAAAAAAGAAGAAAACAUGUAGGAGAUCAUAUUCGAGGAUCAUUCCAACAACAGGCAAUUUUAUGACCCAGAUUUUUUCUACAGCAAGUGAUCAUGUAAACUCAGAUUGCCAGGAACAACAAGAACAGCAACAAGGCGGUGAUUCGCCUACGAAAGUAAAUUCGACAACCCGUCUUCAUAGACCAAUUAAAACGGACAUGGACAAUGAAUCUGUUGACACAAUAAUAAACAACGCUUCUAUGGAGCCACCAAAUGAAACUGUAAUUGAACUCUUAGAUGAAAGAGCACAAAUUUCUAAAAAUACAGAAAGGACACAUUCACAGUUGGGGAAUCGUGCAGAAUUCACACCUAACAAACAAUCACAUCGCCUCCCGCCAGUGAGUAAUGUUUACGAAACUCCGAGAAGCCUUGAUAUACCGGUCAUUGAAAUUAAAGACGAAGUCGAAAUUUUGGCAGCUGAAAACGACACAGUUGCCGACACGACUGUUGCUUCUGAGAACUCCACAAAUAUAAUGGAAACAGACUGUUCUAUAAAUGAAAAAAAUUCAACAGGAUUUAGUAGGAAUACAAGUAAACAUAUAGAAAUAGAAAAGGAACCGACUGAUAAGGAGGAUGACGAUUAUCAUUUUGUGAUUAGUCUCUUGCCAACAUUGCGACGCAUUUCGCAUGAUCGAAAACUAAAAACGCGUAUGGAAAUAAUGAAAGCUGUAAUGGAGGCGGCACAAAGCAAUGCCACAUAAAUAAUAUGUAUUACAUGUUAUUAUAAAUAUGUACACUAACUGUUAGUUAGAUAGAUAGAUAGUUAUAAUGAGGUACUGCACUAAACAGCGUAUAUUAAGUUUUCCACGAAGUUUGUAACUCCAUUGGAGACCUUAUAAAGUUAUAGAGUCUGUUCGUCUAGGUGUAUAAAAUAACUGAGGAAGAUUUAUCGAUCUGAGAUUUUGCACACUUGCUUUUCUCUCCAAGAACGUGCUUAUUUUUCAGAACCGCCGAUAUGGUAUUACUAUAGAAUACAGCUGCCAUAAUAUUCUCAUAUGGAAAACUUUUUAUUGGACAGAUAUAUGCAUGACAUGU